AUGGAGCCUGGCAGAGGUACCCAAAACAGGCUCAGAGGUCCUAGGCCUACUCCUAUAACCACUCCACAGCCAAACAACAAUGCUGUGCCCAACAUCACUGUACCAGCAACAUCAACAUCACGACCAGCCUCACCAAACUCUUCUUGGAUACAAAGCGGCUCUCCAACAUCACCUAAUCUGACACGAGCAAUGGCUCAGGAAGAUAGACGCAGGCUAUACGCCCUUAGGACCGAAGUCCAAAGGUCUCCAAAUCCAGCAUUUUCAACAUCGUCUCCUAAAUCGGGAGACUCGUCACCAACAAUAACGAAUGGUGUCAAGAACCCUGCAUCUCCCGUAUUGCAUAGAUCAUCGCAGAUACCCACAAAUGCUAAUGGAGAUGCUCAGAGACUCCUUCCUCGAGUCGUGGUGCAAAAUGGUGUUCAGCAACAGUCUGCACCACCUAUAAUCUUACAAACGCCAUCGCCUUCGACUGGUUCUUCUGGUGGCAGUGGUAAUAGUAGCAGUAAGCCACUGUUCAUCCCACCGCGUUCUUCUCACCUCCCGGGUAUGCCUCCUGAACGCAUGUCGUCAAAGACAGUAGAAACAUUGCCAGUCGUCACAUCAGCACCACCCAUAAUCACCCCUUCUUCUCGUUAUUCUGUACAACAGACACCGAUACCGUCUAUGCCAGCUAUACCUGUAAUGGAAUCCAGUAAAGACGUGCUACAACCGAUACAGCAACAGCAACCUGUACAGAAACCGCAACAACAACAUAUACAGCAGCAACAACCUAUACAGCAACCGCAGCCUUUACAGCAGCAUCAGCCUGUACAGCAAUCGAGACAGCAACCAAUACAGUCACAGUAUCCAGUAGUAUCUCGACAAUCACCAAAACCACCAGCCAUAACCAACUCUGUCCCUCAAAACAGAUUCAUCAAGGCUGCAGCUGCUCAAGCCUCAAUAGCAUCACUCCCGUCUCGGUCCGCCUCGCCUCGCAUAGAAGCAUCGUCUAUAGUAGAGUCUCCUCCUCAAACCCGAUUAAAACAAUGGAUGAAUGACACCGCGGUUGAGGAUGCUAGAACAUCACAACAAGAAAUCCAAGCUGGUAACAACUUGUUGGCUAUACCAUUACAGCAACAAGGUGUUUCGGAUGGUCAAAAACGAAACCCAACGAACAUGAAGACUCGAUCAACAUUCUACCGCAGUAACAGUAACAUUAAUAACAAUAAUUCCAAUAAUUAUGAUAACGAUGAUGACAUCCGCAUCACAAAAGCAGGCUCAAAAAUAGUCAGAAGUAGAACAGUCAAUACCAUAAGAAGAGGAUUACGACUCUUUGCCGAUGAUUUGCCACCAUCGCCAACAGCAGCAGAUGCAUAUUCACUGGAUAAUGAUGAAGAUGAUGAAGUCUUGGACGAGGACGAUGGAUCAGAGAAGACCGCUGGAGUUGAGAUUGCUUGGCGACAUUUGAAUUAUGUCGUCGAGCAAGAUACGCGAGGGUGGGAUUUCGGGUUUGGACCAAUGAAGAAACCAACGAGAAAACAACUCUUGAUUGAUUUGAAUGGACAGGCUAAACCUGGUGAAAUGUUGGCUAUUAUGGGCGGUUCUGGUGCAGGAAAAACGACUUUGCUAAAUGUCUUGUCUGGACGAGCCAGAGGUGGUCAUGCAACAGGAGAUGUCAGAUUCAACAAUGAACCAUCUGACGCUCGCUGGAGAAGUGCUGUUGGAUAUGUUCAACAGGAGGAUAUUUUCUUUGAGACCUUGACUGUUCGAGAGACUCUUCAAUAUGCAGCACUCUUAAAAUUGCCAGAUACAAUGUCAAAAGCGCAAAAGAUGGCACGAGUUGAUAAAGUCGUUGCUCAAAUGAGAUUAUCUCGAAGAUUGGAUACCAAAGUCGGUAACUCGAUAAUACGUGGUAUAUCAGGUGGUGAACAGAAGCGAUUGCACAUUGCAUCAGAACUGUUAGGAAGUCCCAAGAUGUUGUUCUUGGAUGAACCUACUUCCGGCUUGGAUGCCUAUAAUGCCUUCAAAGUAACGCAGCUCAUCAAGAACAAUGCUAAACGGGCAAACCAAACUGUCGUCAUGACGAUUCAUCAACCACGUAAGGAGAUCUUGGACUUGUUUGAUCGAAUCAUGAUCUUGUCUCGUGGAAAAAUCGUCUUUUAUGGCAGUAUAGACUCUGCCUUGCCUCAUUUUGCUCAUAUCGGAUACCCAGUUCCACCACUAAAGAACCCAGCCGACCACUUCUUGGAUGUCGCAACCUUGGACAAUUCGACACCUGAAAACAAGGUGAAAUCAGCUGCACAUCUAGACAGAUUAACUGGCAUAUGGCGCGACAAUUUCGAUUCUAUUGCCUUCCCACCCUUCCAAUCUGGUCCAACAACGCCUCAACAUCGUAAUCGUAACCGAGAUAGUGCACAUGCAUUAGGAGAAUUACGACGUGGUAGUGCUCGUAUACGUGAAUCGGAUAUCUUGCAUUUUGGAUUCUAUGGAUGGUGGAAACGAUUUUUGAUAUUGAUGCUUCGUCAUUGGCAAGUUUAUUUCAGGGAUAUUGAGUUGUGGGUCAUGGCUAUUGUGUCGAAUUCUAUUGCUAUCUUCUUGUUUGGAUAUCUAUGGCAACACAGGCCAUUGACAUCAGCCGGUGGAAAAUCUCGUCUAGCCCUAUUCUUCAUGUUUGGAUUGGAUCGAUACCUCUCUGCAGUUUUUGGAUGUGUGCUAGCAGUACCCGUUCGACUCAGUCUCUAUCUCCGUGAACGUACCAGUGGCAUGUAUACCGGCCAAAUGAUUUACUGGUCAACGUAUACUGCUACAUGGUUGCAAUUUACACCAUUGACUAUUAUUGUGCUGGCUGCAGUUUAUGUGUGUACUGGACUUCAACUUGACUGGAUUCGAUUCUUCCACUGGUUUGCAGUUGGACUCCUGUUGGAUUUAGCUGGUCACACAUAUGGAUUCUUGAUUGGAUCUUGUACAGAUAAUGUGAAUGUUGGAUUGACUUCUGCGAUUCUGAUGGUUGGCAUAUUCGCUGGUUUUGCUGGAUAUGUUAUCGUUUCAGUAGACAUUCCAAAUCCUCUCAGAUGGAUUUCAUGGAUUGAUCCCACGUAUUAUGUAUAUCAUGCAUGGACCCAGAACGAACUCACAGGACUCAUUUUCACAUGCAGCGUCACAGACGUAAUAUGUUUCCCAACUGGAGACAGUCUACUCGACUACCUCUCACUGCGACCAUUCGGUGUCCCACUCGCAACAGGAAUGCUGUUUGUCUUGUCUGUCGGUGCAGCCAUCGUCGGUGCUGUCUUAUUUGAUAGGUUUACACAGCCUACGUGGAUGCGGGCGGUGAAUAUUGUGAGAGAGGAGGAUUUGUACAGGGCUAUUACGCAUGGGAGAGGAGGAGCACCAGCAGGAGGGAAUGGUCAUAAUGGUCGCAAUCGAGGAGCAUUAUAUAACAAUUGA